UUUUGCGCUCCGGCAUUGAUUGAUCACAAACAGUUCUCUCUCUUAGUGUCGCCUCGGUAUCAGAAUGAACAGAACGCAGUUUUAUACUACUCACUGGCAGGAAAGAUUAGGGAACAUGGAAAAUAUUUGGCAUAAGUUUAUUCAACCAUGUGUUAUCUUUUUGGCAUUUGUAACAAAUCUGUUGCCAUUGUUUAUUUUUAGACGUCCCAGAUUUAAUUGUAUUUCGAUAGGAUUUUAUUUGAAAGUACUCUGCUGCCAAAAUCUUCUGUUUUUGACUGUUGUGUACCUUCCAUCCUGGAUAGCAACUAUUUCGAAUUUGGACGAUAUUGAAAACCUUACCGAUGUGGGAUGUCGGAUAUACAAGUUUGUUUGCUCCGUUUUUCAAUAUACUGGACCUUGGAUUGUUGUCGCCAUGACGGUGGACCGUUAUAUUGCUAUAUGGCACCCAGCAAGUGCCCCUGAUAGGACCACGGUGUUUAUGGCAAAGAUUGCCACGGCCAUAAUCUAUGUAGCAAUGGUGUGGUUGAGUGUGCAUGUCAUGUGGUUCUCGAAUUUAGAAAAACAGGGAUGUUUCACAGAUAUAUCGUUACUGGAGGUACGCAUCUGGUCAUACAUUUCUGCUUUUGCAAACGGGUGUCUCCCUCUUGUGGUACUUCUGUGUUUCAGUGGAAUGAUAACGACUGGUGUAAUUGUAAAAGGUACUGCGCACACAUCAAACACAGGAAGGCCUUCGGCGGAUCUAACUUAUUCGGUUUUAAUUUUGGCGGUAUUGUAUGUUUUAUUUGUUACACCUGUAACAAUUAUAGGUUACAUAUAUAUGUUUCUCACGCCAGACCGAAUUCAAAGCGAUAAAUAUGCGUUCUUUAUACAUCUUUUCGACCAUGUGUCUUUUGGUCAUCAACUUUUGACCUUUUUUGUGCUAUUGUUUUGUUCACGUUCUUUUCGUGAAGAAAGCAAAGAAAUUUUCUUACAACUCAAGAAAAAUUUAUGUGGGCCUCGCACGAAUGACUCGUCAGUCAAGCUUCUACGACGAAACAGCACAUGUAUAGUUGAAAUAGAGAACGGAAGAGAGAUUGCAACCGCUGUAGUAUGACAGAAUCGUCUUCUCAUAUUUAAUAAAUUGCAUUUUAAUAAAAUCAAUGCCAUUUUAUCUUGCAAAAAUUGUUAUGAUAUAUUCGAUGAAUUUUAAAAGCUAAUGAAAUGCUAUCUAAAUGAAAAACGCUUAAAAUAAUUUUUCUACAGAGGAAAAAAGGCAUGAAGGAAAGACGUCAUCACGAGACACAAAAGGGAUGAAUUUGCUCAGUCCAGCAAACUUCUUAAUCAAUUAAUUAAUUUAAUCAAUUUAUUUUACUGUUUGUUUGUUUAUUUACAUUUUAUUUAUUCAUUUACUUAUUUUUUACAACACUUGUGUCUUGUGCGAGUUUUGAAUUCACUGUGUCAUUUAAAUCACAAUUUUGACAUACAUGUAUAACAUGUGUAUGCUGUUGCUUAUGAGGAAAUUAUUGGAAGGGCUUGAUGCAAAGAAGCAAUGUCAUGAAUGUCAAAUAUAUUAUUGGAAAUGCUUGAUGUAAAAGAAGCAAUGUCAUGAAUGUCAAAUAUAUUAUUGUAAUGUUUAAAAUCAAGUUUUACAUAUCAUGAUAAUCGUGAUUUAAAUUCAGUCAACCAUUCGGUUACUGAU